CCGCCCGCCUGCAGCCUGCUCGAUGCAGCCGGAGCCCGCCCCGCCCCCGAGCACCAGCAGCAGCAGCAGCAACAGCCGCAGCAGCAGCAGCAGCCCCGAGGUCCCCGCCGGCCGGAGCCGCCGCCGCCAGAGCGGGGACGGGGAGCCGGCCGGGCCGCCGCCCCCGCCUCCCCCGCCGCCUCCGCCUCCGCCCGCCGCCGCCGUCUCGUACCCGGAGUGGGUCGGUCGGAGCUACGCCGAGGUGAUGAGCCUGAACGAGCACUCCAUGCAGGCGCUGUCCUGGCGCAAGCUCUACCUCAGCCGGGCCAAGCUCAAAGCCUCCAGCCGCACCUCCGCGCUCCUCUCCGGCUUCGCCAUGGUGGCUAUGGUGGAGGUGCAGCUGGACGCGGACCACGACUACCCGCCGGGGCUGCUGAUCGCCUUCAGCGCCUGCACUACGGUUCUGGUGGCCGUGCACCUGUUCGCCCUGAUGAUCAGCACCUGCAUCCUGCCCAACAUCGAGGCCGUCAGCAACGUGCACAACCUGAACUCGGUGAAGGAGUCGCCCCACGAGCGCAUGCACCGGCACAUCGAGCUGGCCUGGGCCUUCUCCACGGUGAUCGGCACCCUGCUGUUCCUGGCUGAGGUGGUGCUGCUCUGCUGGGUCAAGUUCCUGCCCCUGAAGAAGCAGCCCGGCCAGCCGCGGCCCACCACCUCCGUCGGCCACCACCAGCCCCACGCGGCCUCCAACUCCACCAGCAUCACCCCGGGCCAGGCGGCCGCCAUCGCCUCCACCACCAUCAUGGUGCCCUUUGGCCUCGUCUUCAUCGUCUUCGCCGUCCACUUCUACCGCUCGCUGGUCAGCCACAAGACCGACCGGCAGUUCCAGGAGCUCAACGAGCUGGCCGAGUUCGCCCGGCUGCAGGAUCAACUGGACCACAGAGGCGAGCCCCUGCCACCCCGCGGCAGCCAUUUCGCGUAACCGCCCCUGCCCCCACACCCCAUCCCCUCCCCGCCAGCUGGGUUCAGGACUCCACAGGCCAUCAGUUCACAGGGUUUCUAAGAGAAGCUCCCGCCUUAGCAUCCUUUCAGCUCUUCCGCCCGCACCCAGGCCCAGCCGCCCCAACUCCUGCGUGAGGUGGUAAGACUCUUGGAGGGUGGGGCCCGAGGGGGAUGGAGCGGGCCAAAGGUUUUAAAAGAACUGCAUUGCAAAAGUUUCUGGUGUGUCACAAAGUGAAAAAAGCACUUCCCUUCCCCACUCUUGUGGCCAGGGGAGGUGCUGAGACGCCGCAGAUCACCCCAAGGUGGGCUUUUGGCUUGCUUCUUGCUCCCUGUUCCCUUCCCCUUUCGGAGAGAGAGAGAGUGAGAAUGAGUGUGUAUAUAAUCUACAAAUAUUCAGGGAUCUGAUUCUCAGUUCUCCCUGGGUUCCCUCGCUCCCCCCCCCCCACCCAGGCCACAUGGAAUUGACCUCUGCAGACUGUCGCCAUCCCCUCUGCCUUUGUCUUUCCCCUCUUUGGGAUGCUGGGAUUCCCAUUGGGAAGGCUCUCCCUUCCCUUAGAGGACAAAUGGUGGGGGUGGAGACACCGUGGCCCGGGUCACCGCCUAUUGCCACCAGUCCCAUCCCCUGGCCGUCCCGCGCUGCCUGAUUCCCAAGGAGCGGUUUUAAAAACUGAAUUAGGAUAUGACCACUGAGUCUCUGUGUGUAUAUGUGCUUGGAAAUCUGUUGGAUUUCUCUAGUGUUUCUGUAAUUGGUUUUAAUAAAAGGCCUCAUCUCAGAAUCACCACUGUUCUUCCAGAAUGCCAAGUAUUUUAUACUUUUGAUAUUGGGUAUAUAAGUAUAUUCUAUAUUUUUGAAUAAACCCCAGGCUG